AUGGAACCUUGUAGAAUUGUGUUUUUCAGUUCAUUUCUUCUAUUCGGUGUAAUUGCAGAGGAACAUUUGGCAUCGAAGCUGAAGGCUGAUGGAUAUGAAAGAAUGAGAUGUGGAUAUUCGUUGAAUACGCUGUGGACUGCAGAGCUUGCUCACUCUCCCUUUGCCUCCGCCCCGUUGAUAGCCGAUGUCAAUGGAGAUGGGUCUUUGGAUGUUGUUGCUACACCAUUUAGUGAAAGUAUGUCCGUCAUUGAUGCCAAGACGGGAAAAGUCUUGUCAGAGUCCAAGUGGCCAGCUCUCAACCUUGAUAGUUCCAUAUACGCCAGUCCGCUUCAGUUUGAUGCUGAUGCUGAUGGAAUGCUGGAUCUCCUAUUUACCAUGUCUACUGGCGAGUUGCUGUUUUACCGACCAGAUGGAUCUAGACUUAAACAUAAGAGAUAUCAGGUUGCCCCAGUUUUUGUGUCAAGAACCUGGUACUUGGACAUGAUAUCUGUUCACCAUAACGACAUCAACAGAUAUGUCCAGACUGAUCCCAAGAGUGUUCAGGAAGACCACUAUAUAGCUGUGGACCCCCACAUUCUGUCUACACCUGUACUAGCUGACCUGAACAGUGACGGGCGACUGGAGGAAUUAGUUAUACCAGUGUCCUACUUCUAUGAGGAGGAGGACUACAGGUUUCCUCAGCAGCUGGAGAAACACAAGAUGAGCAACUUCACUGAGUUAGAGCGAUAUGUUGUGGCUGGUGUUACAGUGGUCAACCUAACAUCUUUGACCCCACUCUGGACGAAGGUGCUGGACCUUACCCAGGUUGUGUCUGUAUUUCCGGCCUAUAAUCUGUUCUCUCCAACUGUUGCUGACCUUGACAGUGAAGGUGGUACUCUAGAGGUUGUUCUGGGAACAUCAGCUGGAAGGGUGUAUGUAUUUGACCAUCAAGGAGCCAUGAGGAAGGGCUGGCCGAUCACAGUCAACAGUGUCCAUGGUCAGAUCACCGUGGCAGACAUUACAGGUGAUGACAGAUUAGAUAUAGUUGUCGUGGAUACUGGUGGAAAUGUGCUUUGUUUUAGUGUAGAUGGAGACACUGUCUGGGAGGCAGAAAUAUCAGGUACUUCAUCUCCAGGCAGUCGUCUGUACAACUUCAAUGGAGACACGGCCCUAGAUGUCAUCAUCACUACCAAUGAUGGAAAUAUUUUUGCUCUGGAUGGAAAGAAUGGAUCUACCUUACCAGGCUGGCCAAUCAGAACAGGACGAACUUUGACCUCUGAUAUCCUUAUAACUAAGUUGUCUACCACUCACUCUGCCCCAGACAUGGUAUUCUUGACCGAUGAUGGGUCUUUACAUGUUGUAUCAACUACUUUGGAUUGUAAGACCCAAUACCCUCUCGGGGAAUCAUCAUUGGUUCAGAUCUUGUCACAUGAUCUUGUAGACAAAGCUGAAGGGAUGGAGCUUGUAAUUGCCACAAACGAUGGAACUAUUAUUUGUCUUGGCUCAGAGAAUGAAGUGGAGGAUCCAUUUACUAGAAUAGAUGAGGACAAUGUAAGGGAAACACACCUGCGAUCUCUACAGUCCAACAUCAAAUCAGCCAAUGACUUCUCAUAUGCAGAAAAUAAGCUUGGUGUCUACGUCACCUGGUUUACAAAGUCAGAAGGGGAGGUAACUGGUGGAAAGUUUACUGUACAGUUUGAGAUAAUUGAUCCAACAGGCAACACGAACAAUGCUUACAAGAUCAAGGUGUACUUCGGCAGCAAUUUACUGUUUUCUGAUGAAUAUGAUCGACCAGGAGAAUACAGUGUCAUUGUUCCAGUUUGGGAAGAGCCAAGGCUUGGUCAUGUGACAGUAAUCAUGACUAAUCAGCAUGGUCAGAUUUUCCAGGAUACCUAUCCAUUAAGAUUUAACACCCUUGUGAUGGAGGACCUACAGUGGUUGUUGCUAGCUCCCUUCAUUGCCAUGGUGAUAAUACUAUUAGUAAUACAUGGAUUUCCCGCCAAAGACUUACUACCCUACACAAAUCAGUCCAAAGGCAGUUGACACCUAACAGACUAUAGCCAUCAACUUGUUUAUUUUGUGUGUUAUUUAAGUGGUUGUCAUCACAUGAUGUCUUGAUGGAAUACAAACAUCAUCAUGUUUGAGAAUGGAAAGUGCUGUUUUCUGAAUGUGUCUUGAGAGCUCAAUGGCUGGCUUAGAUACACUGUUCUUGUCAUAGCCACAUGUAUUGGAGACCAGCGAGAUAAUGUGCUACAUUAUCUGUAUCACUCAUUCUUUUAUCUAUCUCACUGCAUAUUUGGGUUUUUUCCUCCUAAACUUUUGAAAUUCUUAUUUGCUUGAAACUCCUCUAUAAAACUAAUGCUGACUUAAGAUUUAUUUUUAGUUUACUUCAUGUAAAAUUGAGGGUAUUAUGAUUUUUAUUUCUAGUGAGGAUUUGUAUGGGAGAGCUCUGUGAGGGAGUAGUAAGAUUAAUGUUCUACUGUAUGGGAGAAAUUUAUACACGUGUUUAGGAGAGUUCAGUGGAGGAGAGGGAUGAGAGAUUUAUAUUGAGGGUCUGUAUGGGAAAAUUACACUGUGUGUCUGUAUGGGAUUGUUCUUCUGUAGAUUGGUACAAGAGAUUUCAGGAUGGAAGAGUUGUUCAAAGAGACAUAUUGAUUUCCUUUGCAAAAUAUCGUAAUUUUCAUGUUUUUUUUUUUUUCAAGUUUAACUUUUCAUAUUUUCCACUUUGACGUUUUUGUUAUCCCCGAAAUAUUAAGAUGAUGUCCCUUUUUUAAUAUGAUUAUUUUGAUAAUGAAUGGACAGACGCCUCUUAUGGUGAAUUUAGUUGUCUAAAGAAUCUUUUGUCAUUUUUUUAGCUUCAGGUAUAUAUGCUUAAAACAGAAAAGGGAAUUGGCAACAGAUUUUAAAAUGUUCAUCAAAAAUCAGAAUUUUGUAUUUAUCAUACCAAACAAAUUACAAUACCGGUAUGUAAAUUUGUGUAUGUGAUGAAUGAGAGAGAAAUAAUCUUUGUUUUCACUAAAACUUGUUCAUGGACAUUUUCCAUUAAUAUUUAUUGGUUGUU